GGGGGAAACGUACCGCGUACUUUGGUACAGGCUCCAUCCAGGAAAGAUCCUCGUCCGAGGUAUAAAUGGAAAUAUUACUAUUCCUUUCAUCCCGUAUUGGGAGGCACCGUACAAUGACGGCAUCCCGCUGGCGCCACUAGCUGCGUUGGUGCCGUUGAAGCUGCGGGGUUGGACUGACCACUGCGAUUGUGACGAAUGGUACCAGCGUAAGAAACGAUGGAACGAUAUCGCAGACUUGGAGGAACUCGUGCAGAUCGCAGUGAACGAAGGGGUAUGGAUAAAUCGCGAAAAGGAGACAUGGCUAGCUCUUUGGUUUGUUCAGGAAGCAAAGCAACGAGUGCAACGGUUCGUUCGGGAGCUCCCUUAUGCCGGCUUUGACUGGAAAGCCAUAGGGCUCGUUUGAUGGUAUUUGUUUGACCGGAAACAUCUAACUAAGAGCACUCACCUCGGCUAGACGUCGAACAAACUGGACAAUAAUUGGUCUUUCUGUUUGUUUUUGUUGGCUCUUCUGUACUCCGGAAAUACUCUAGAUGAGUAUUUACCAACUUCUCCUGAUCCGUUUAAGGAAACGUACUUGUAGUAUCGUAUAAGCCUGGAAGGUUUAGCCUUACCAACAUAUUGCAUGUUAAAAUCAGACU